CGCUGCAGCGCUUCACAACCCUACAUUCUCCGCUUGUACUUUAACACCAACCACUUCCUCUCAAGUAAUGGCGUCCGUGUGAAACAGUCCUAUAGCAAACAUUGGACAAUUUUCUCAGAAAACUAACUAAUAGAGACACUCAUAUAGCGAUUUGUACAAGAUGCCCGUUACAGUAGGACCGUAUGGACAGACGCAGCCCAGCUGCUUUGACAGAGUCAAGAUGGGCUUCAUGAUGGGUUUUGCCGUGGGCAUGGCUGCAGGUGCCAUGUUUGGAACAUUCUCCUGUCUCCGGAUCGGCAUGAGGGGUCGAGAGUUGAUGGGUGGAGUUGGGAAGACCAUGAUGCAAAGCGGUGGCACGUUUGGAACCUUCAUGGCCAUUGGGAUGGGUAUCCGCUGCUGAGAUCACACUAAUGCCACUUCUGAAAUUAUAGGACUGUGAACCAUUUCUAGAUUCAUCCCUUUGUUAUCAUACCCACAUUCAAGGACACAGGUGUCAAUAAAAACUGAUUAAAAAAAUUCUCUAAAUCUUGGGUUCAAUCUAAGAUUUAAUUAUGACAAUUUGAGGACAACCUUCCUUUUCAUCGGUGUCCAGCAGAAUAGGUUAAAGUCAGCUACGUGGGAUUGACCUUUAGCAGUAACCUUUCUGCUGACAAUGAAAUGACCAUGGAGAAGAUAAAGAAGGGCUCUUUAAUUCUGGAAAAAUCUGUUCUCAGCCAUUCUUUGAAAUACUGAUUUUUACUUGAGGCAUGAA